AACAGCCCCACAGCUAAACAGUGGUGUGUGCUCCUAUGCUCUGCAUACAAUAGCCAAGGAACGGGGCCACUUAGUCUGCAUGCAGAGAAAAUGCUGAGGACGUGUUCCAGGCUCCUGCUGCUUGUGAAAUGCUCUUCAUGGCUCUGCUGAGCCAGCUCCUGAGGAGUGACAUGCCCUGCGCCUGUGGGGACACUGCCAACGGUGAGAACAUGUUCUGGAGGCUGCAAGAACCCCAUCCUUUGCAACCGCAUCACUGUCAUCCUGCUGAAGGCACUGAUGCGAGCAGGCACACAUCAGUGAGCAGGACAGUGGCUCUGCUCUCUCCUCUGCCAGCAUGCUACAAGGCAGUAGCUUCAGUUCAAAGUCUGAAUCAGUGCAUUUUCUCAUUUUCAGGGAAAGCAGGACAUGGCAACAAAGCUUCAGGGCAAAUCAGAGAGGAGCAAAUCAGAGUCUGCUCCUGCUCUAGGGGAAUCCAGGAUAAACUUCCUAUGUCUUGAAACAUGUCAUGAAAGCCCAGAAAGCUGAGAGGGAAAAGGUAUUCUUUUUGGCUGAAGGUCUUUACAGCCAAUUCAGAAACUCUCAUUAGUUACUCAUUGCCUUGGCAAGUCUCAUAAAACACCCAGCAGAGCCCAGCAAAUACUUUUCUUCAUUGUUCUGAGAGCUCAGAAACCCACGGACUGAACGAGGCCUUGAACCCAUUUUAUGGACUCACUUCUUACUAAGCUACCAUAAAAUACUAAAAUUGAAACCUUAUAAAUAAGGAGGGAAAGGAGCUUUGCAUUUCUUGGCAGAAGCAGCUUCUCCAGAGACUCUUCCCUAGACACCCCUCUGAGAUGGUGCAGAGGAGCAGCCUCGCAGUCCCCUAUGAGGUUCCUCUCCUUGCUGUUUGCCUUUUGGUGUGUGUAGCCACAGGUCUGGAGCUGUCAGUAAAUAACCACAAUGCUGACUUCUCCCUGCUUACAUCACCCGGCCCUGCCGUCUCCCUCUCCUGCCUGGUGCAGAACAGCAGCGAGGCUGAGGAGCUGCUCUGGUACCGAGGAGAUGGGCAAGUGGAUCUGAAAGAUGGGAAUAAAGUGAACAUCAGUAACAUCUGCAUAUCCCCAGUCACUGAGUCCGACAACGGAGUCACCUUCACGUGCAAGCUGGCACGGGACACGUCUGUGCAGGUGUCUGUGAUCCUGGAUGUCCAGUUUCCUCCCCACCUGUCUGGAGAAGAGUCCGUCCACACUGAAGAAGACAAAGAUGUUACUCUGUCCUGCAACUCCAAAUCCAACCCUCAGGCCCAUGCAGCUUGGUACAAGAACACCACCACCCUGACCCUGCAGAAGGACCGUUACCAGAUCCACCAGACCAGUGAGGUCUUUCAGCUCUCCAUCAAACAAGUGCAGAUGUCUGACAACGGGACCUACACCUGUGUGAUGAGCUAUCCUUUCAGCGAGUGGAGAAAGGAUUUCCACCUCAUAGUUGAAGACAAACAGCCCGUUUUCCCCAUGGAGGCCAUUAUUGCUGCUGCUGUGGUGGUUUCACUCACGAUACUUUUUGGAAUUGUGGCUCAAAAAGAUAAAAUUUGUAAGUGCUUCAAGACAUCAAGUGAAACAGCUCUGUGAAGACCACAGGGAUCCUGUGCACACCAAGAAAUCGUAAUUUUUGCUGCUGGAAUUAAGCCCUUGAGCGAGAUGUUGAGAUAAAGCACUGAAACAAG